AUGGUCGCCGGUUUGAGUCUUGACGAUAACUUGAAAUAUCUCCUGAUACUGAAGCUGCUCGAGUCGGUCUCGCCGUGUCGAGAAGGGAUGGCGGAGCUGUGUGGGGACUCUGUGUGCGUGGAGGCGGUGGAUGGAGGUCGUGGUGACGAAGUGGACGGUGUGUUGCCUGUUGAGGACCAAAAGGCGGUGGUUGCCAUGGUCAGGAGCAACGGAGAUAUGAGUAUGAUGAGGAAUCCAUUUCCUCCCUUCGAUUUAGGGUUUCUCCUUGUCGAAUGA